CGGGGUGCAGGACCAGGCUGGGCCACAAGGCUGUGCUCCGGGGCUGCUGACUGCCCGCCCGAGCGACCGCCUGGGUGAGGAGGUUACAGGGGUUCAGGCACGAGCUGCGCGCUGCGCUGGGCCCGUCCUGGACUAGAGGCUCUGGGGAAAGGGCCCCGCCCCCACCUCUUCGUUUCUCGGGAGGGGAAACUGAGGCUCCAGCGGCCCCGGAGGCGGCGGUUGGCGGGGCUCGGGCCCCCGCGCGGAAGGUCUCCGGGGAAGGCCCCGGGGCUCCGCGCCGGGCCCCAGCCCUGCCGUUCCGGGCAGCCACUUGGCCGCGGGUCUGACCGGCAGACUCAUCCCCUCAGGGUGAUAUGGAGCCGAGACAGACCCGGGAUCCGGGGAAGGGCGGGGAAGGGCGGGGAAGGGCGGGGCCGCUCCCGACCGCUCUCGCAGGUUCCAGAGCCCCGAAUCACCUCCCUGGCGCGGAAUCCCCAAGCACGAGACCGUGACGUCACCGAGCGCCCGACUUGCCCCGCCCUCGCGUGACGUCACCCGGACCCUGAGGCUCCGAGCUGAUUCAAUGUAAGGAAACUGAACUCCGGAGGGAGUGACGUCAUCGCGUUUUUUUCCGUUUUCCCCCGCUCCGCCCCUCCCUGGUAAACUCCGCUCCGUGACGUCAGCGCGGCCUAUAAAAGAGCCGGCGCUCUGCGCUCAGCCCAGAGCUCACCCAACCCCAGUCAGGAGUACAGAGAACCGAGAGCUGAGCGCAAGCCGAGCCUUCGCGGCCCCGACCGAGAUGAGCCCGAGCCCGAGCCCUCCGUGGACAGCCCCGUGCCCGUGGAUGCCCCGCCUGUCCCCGGGAUGAUGCCCAGCCCUGUCCCGCCCAGCCGUGACCUGGGAGACCUCCCUGGCGCCCCCCUGGGGCACUCCCUGAGGAGCAGCCUCCUCUCCGGCCUGAAGUUCCUCCUGGCCUGGGCCCGGGCCCAGCUGGGGAGAGCGGAACUCCAGCCUGGGCCCAGCCGAGGAGCAAAGCUUGGGAACCCUGAAGCGAGAGCCAAGGCGGAGGAGGGCCCCGAAGAUGGAGCAGCCCAGCCCAGCUCCAGCCCCCGACAAGUGGGGAGAGGGGGCCGUGAGGACGCUGAAGGGCCAGCUGACCACGGGCUUGCCUGGGCCUGCAGGCCCCAUGAGGAUGAGGAAGAUGUGUCUGACGGGGAUGAGGAAGAUGUGUCCAGUGGGGAAGAAAGAGAUGAGGAUGAGGAAGAUGGAGGACCAGGAAAAGAGCCUCCCCCUGUGCUCUGCAGCCCCCUGCUCCGGGCCUGGGCUUACAGGCCUGGUGAGGAUGAGGAUGACAAUGAGGAAGAUGUGUCCAGUGGGGAAGAAAGAGAUGAGGAUGAGGAAGAUGGAGGACCAGGAAAAGAGCCUCCCCCUGUGCUCUGUAGCCCCCUGCUCCGGGCCUGGGCUUACAGGCCUGGUGAGGAUGAGGAUGACAAUGAGGAAGAUGUGUCCAGUGGGGAAGAAAGAGGGGAUGGGAAGUGGGGACCGGGAAAAGGCCCCUGCCUGGUCUCCCGGGCCUGGGCUUACAGGCCUGGUGAGGAUGAGGAUGACAAUGAGGAAGAUGUGUCCAGUGGGGAAGAAAGAGAUGAGGAUGAGGAAGAUGGAGGACCAGGAAAAGAGCCUCCCCCUGUGCUCUGUAGCCCCCUGCUCCGGGCCUGGGCUUACAGGCCUGGUGAGGAUGAGGAUGACAAUGAGGAAGAUGUGUCCAGUGGGGAAGAAAGAGAUGAGGAUGAGGAAGAUGGAGGACCAGGAAAAGAGCCUCCCCCUGUGCUCUGCAGUCCUCUCCUGCGGGCGUGGGCCUACAGACCCGGUGAGGAUGAGGAUGACAAUGAGAAUGAGGAAGAGGAAAAUGUGUCCAGUGGGGAACAAGAUGAGGUAGAAGAAGAUGUGUCCAGUGAGGAAGGAGGAGAUGAGGAUGAGGAAGAUGCCAAAAGAGAGCCUGUGGGCAGAGAGGACCCUGAGCUGCAGGACUUCCUCGUGUCCAUCUUCGUUGCUGGCGCUGUGCGGCCCUGCCCCUGGCCCGCAGCCCGGCUCCCCCAGAGGCUGCAGAGGCGCCUGAAGCCCCAAGGGACCCCUGUGGAACCAGAGCCAGAGGCCCCCGGAGGAAGGAAGGUGCGGUUCUCCAGCACGGUGGGCCUUCGCCUCCUGGUGGUGUGGGCGGGUCCCGCCCGUGCCGCCCGCCGGGGGCCUUGGGAGCAGCUAGCGCGUGACCGCGACCGCUUCGCCCGUCGCAUCGCCCAGGCCGAGGCGCUGUUGGGCCCUUGCCUUUCCCCUGCCACCCGGACUCGAGCUUGGGCCCGGCUCCAAGGCCUGAGCAUUUCUCCAGAGCCAUAGAAGUCGUCCCCACUGGCUGCAGCCCUGCCCUGCUCUUGGUGCUGCCUUCUCCCAGAUCCCCCUGCUUCCAACAGUCUGUCCAAACUUAGAACCCUAGAGGGAAGCCGGGCCCCGACCUCUUAGCCCUCUCUCCUUCCCUGCCGGUCACAGGCAGGUACCAUAUACGUGUGGAGCCCGUUUCUGGAGAAGUUCUUGUGGAAACUGGGGGGGGGGGGGGGGGGGGGGGGCGAGGAUUUGUGGAUUGUAAGCUCCCAGGGACGGGGCAGGGACUAUUCCCCAGUAUCUCACAGUAGAUUUUAUUUAUUUAUUUAUUAUUAUAAUAACUUUUUAUUGACAGGAA